UUUCCCGCGAGGCCGCGGGGGCACGGAGCCGCUGGCCAGGCCCCAGAGUGCACUGCGGAUACGUGCGCGCGCGGCUCCGUUGACGAGCGACCGCGGCAAAGUUCUAAAAAAGUCAAAACAAAACAAAAACCCAGUACGAGGCAAAGUCAGAUAUUCAAGCCACAGAACCGGGCGGUGGCAGCCUUUCCGCCACUGCCCAAACUGCUGAAGCAGCUCUGGCGCGGACCAGCUGGGCAUUUGUCAUUUCUUGAGAAGCUGGGAGCGACCAAGAACCUAGAAGAGGGCCUGUACUACUAAAAGUAAGAGAAGUUAGCAGAACUUUUGGCAAUUUCACAGGAUUGAAGAGACAUACAUUGGCGUUCCAAAGAUUUGAUGUGUGUUCACUGUUUCCUUCAGUGUGUGACAAACCACUGUGAAGGUACAUCACCUUUUCCCUUUUUCUGAGAUGGCUCAAGAUUCAGUAGGCCUUCCUUCUGAUUUUCAGUUUUGGAUGCGGAAGCUUUCCGUAUGGGACCUGGCAUCCACUUUGGAAACCCAACAAGACACCUGUCGUCACCUGCCUCGGUUCCAGGAGUUCCUGAGGCAGUUGUAUGAAGCCUUGAAAGAGAUGGAUUCAAAUGCAAUUAUUGAAAGGUUCCCCACAGUUGGUCAACUGUUGGCAAAAACUUGCCGGAAUCCUUUGAUCUUAGCAUAUGAUGAAAGCCAAAAAAUUCUAAUAUGGUGCUUAUGUUGUCUGAUUAAGAAAGAUCCACAGAAUUCUGGAGAAUCAAAAUUUAACUCCUGGACACGGGUAAAAGGGUUGUUAUCUCAUAUACUUUCCACAUUCAGAUUUGAUAUAAAAGAAGUUGAUCUUUUUACUCAAGUUCUUGGGUAUGCACCCACAGAUUACUAUCCUGGUUUACUUAAAAAUAUGGUUUUAUCAUUAGUGUCUGAACUCAGAGAGAAUCAUCUUAAUGGAUUUAACACUCAAAGGCGAAUGGCUCCGGAACGAGUAAGGUCCCUGUCACGAGUUUGUGUCCCACUUGUUACUCUGCCAGAUUUUGAACCAUUGGUGGAGGCUCUGCUCACCUACCAUGGACAUGAACCUCAGGAAGUGCUCUGGCCUGAGUUCUGUGAUGCUGUGAAUGAGGCCUUUUUGCUGAAGAAGAUUUCUCUCCCCACGUCAGCUAUACUCUGCCUCUGGCUUCGGCACCUUCCCAGCCUUGAAAAUACAAUGCUGCAUCUUUUUGAAAAGCUUAUCUCCAGUGAGAGAAAUUUUCUGAGGAGGAUCGAAUGCUUUAUGAAAGAUUCAUCGCUGCCUGCAGCUGCCUGCCACCCUGCCAUAUUCAGAGUUGUUGAUGAAAUGUUCAGGUACGCACUCCUGGAAACUGAUGGAGCCCUAGAAGUACUAGCUGCUAUCCAAGUGUUUACACGAUGCUUUGUAGAAGCUCUGGAAAAAGAAGACAAGCAGAGAUGCCAGGAAAAUCAACGGGGAAAGGAAAGUUUUCAACAAACGGCACUGAAGCAAGUGGAUAUCCAGCUGAAGUUUGCAUUCAAGACCUACUUUCCUUAUGCUUCUCCGUCUCUUGUCAUGGUGCUACUCCAACACCCGAAAGAUAUCCCACAGGGACUUUGGCACCAGGCUCUGAAACAUAUCUCUGAAAUGCUCAAAGAAGUAGUUGAAGACCAAACUCAUGGGUCCUACGGAGGCCCCUUUGAGAGCUGGUUUUUGUUCGUUCACUUUGGAGGAUGGGCUGAUAUGGUGGCUGAGCAGUUAAUGACGUCGGAAGCUGAGGCUGAAGCUCCAGAGGCCCUGCUGUGGCUCCUGGCUUUCAGCUGCAGUCCAGGAGCUGGACAUCAGCAGAGAGCACAAACCAUGGUGGAGGUGAAGGCAGUGCUCAGCUGCCUCAUGAAGCUGCUCAGGAGUCCAACCCUCUCGGCCAGGGAUCUGCAGGCAGCAGCUGGAGAGGGCGGAGAGGGAGCUCCCAGACCGCCUGCCUGUCAGCAGCUGAUCAGGCGCCUCCUCCUGAACUUCCUGCUCUGGGCUCCCGGAGGCCACGCGAUUGCCCAGGAAGUCAUCACGCUCAUGGCUCAGACUGAUGCAAUAAUGCACGAGAUUAUUGGCUUUCUGGACCAGACCUUGUACAGAUGGGACCAUCUUUGUGUGGAAGCCCCUAGGUCGAGGAAACUGGCCAGAGAGCUCCUUGCAGAGCUGCGUGGGCAAGCCUAGCCCAGGCCAGUUAACCAGGGAGGCUACGCGAUGAAAUGGUGGGGCUGCUUCUUACGGCCUCCGUUUGUAGAAUGCAUUCCCUCUUUGAGUUGCAAGAAGGAGCCAUAAACAUCUUGGCAAGAUCUGGUAGUACAUAUUUUACAAAAUGAGAAGUCAGGUGCUUUAGCCUGAAUUCAGUGAGAUUUACUCACUAAUGACGGGAUUAUGGUUCAGCAUUCCCUGUGCCUGUUCAGCCCGGAUGUCGAUUAGAGAAUCACUCAAGAAAAGGCUUGGAUGGGAGAACAGAUUUUUAUUUCCUUCCCUGCCCCCCCAUAUCAAACCAAGAUGCACAACUAUUAUUUGGAUGUUUCAAACCCUUUGGACCAAGAAAUUGGUCAUGAACCACUGAUCAAUUUAGAAAGUAACUUAGCCGUUUUCCACAGAUCUCUUUUUUAAGAAGUCCUGUAAUUGUUCCUGGUAUUUCGUCUUAUCCACCGGCAUACUCUCUUGCUCCCCUAAGACAUUCUUCAUCCAGGAUAGUCAGGAGCCCUCAAGUUUCCCUCCCAUGCCCCCUGAGCAGAGCCCACCCAAGCCCAGUAGCAAGUAGUGGUGACCGGGGAGCAACACUGCUUAGCAAUGAAAUAAAGCCAGCUUUGGGGCUUUUUGCUUUAUACUGGCUAAGCACUGGCUGUUACCAAAAGAGCUCAUAUUACCUCAAAGGUGGCUGACGGGGGAGGGUACAGGAUGUGCUCUAGAAACAUUGCAAGAGAUUAUGUGUCAGUUCUCUGUUAACUAAAAUGGGAAUUGGAAACUUCUAAUAAAGAAUUGGGGGCUUCCCUGGUGGCACAGUGGUUAAGAAUCUGCGUGCCAAUGCAGGGGACGCGGGUUCGAGCCCUGGUCCAGGAAGAUCCCACAUGCCGCAGAGCAGCUAAGCGGGUGUGCCACAACUACUGAGCCUGCGCUCUAGAGCCCGCGCACCUAGAGCCCGUGAUCCGCAACAAGAGAAGCCCGCGCACUGCAACAAAGGGUAGCCCCCACUCACCACAACUAGAGAAAGCCUGCAUGCAGCAAAGAAGACCCAACGCAGCCAAAAAUAAAUAAAUAAAAUAAGUAAAUUUAUUUAAAAAAAAAAAGAAUUGGCAACGCCAACAUUAAUAUUUAUUUCACAUGUUGAAGAUAUUUUUUUCCUUUCAGGUUUAUUCUUUUGCUCUUUUGUGUAUGAUCUGUUUGUCGAGUGAGUCCAGACUUUUUUCUCACUUGGAUUUCUGCAUCAGUCAUCUCUGAAUCUCCCUCAUUCUUGGCUC